AUGGCUGCGAAGGGACAAACAGAGGCCACCUGUAAUCUUGGAAAUACCAACAAGAUUGCCGAUAAAGUUGGGGAGAGGACAGAAGAAGAAAAAGAGAAUAGUACUAUUGGCGACGCCUAUGUUAACUUUCAAGAUUUCCAGAAAACCAUAGAGUACCAUGAACGUCACCUCAAAAUUUCCAAAGACGUGGGAGACAGGGCAGGAGAAGGAAAAGCGUACGGUAAUCUUGGCAACGCCUAUCACGCUCGUGAAGAUUUCCAGAAAGCCAUAGAGUACCAUGAGAGACACCUCAAAAUUUCCAAAGAAGUGGGAGACAGGGUAGGAGAAGGAAUCGCCUACUGUAAUCUUGGCAACGCCUAUGACAGUCUUGGAGAUUUCCAGAAAGCCAUCGAGUACCAUGAACGAGACCUCAAAAUUUCCAAAGAAGUGGGCGACAGGCUAGGAGAAGGAAAAGCGUACGGUAAUCUUGGUAACGCCCAUGACAGUCUUGGAGAUUUCCAAAAAGCUAUAGAGUACCAUGAACGAGACCUCAAAAUUUCCAAAGAAGUGGGAGACAGGGUAGGAGAAGGAAUCGCCUACUGUAAUCUUGGCAACGCCUAUGACAGUCUUGGAGAUUUACAGAAAGCCAUCGAGUACCAUGAACGAGACCUCAAAAUUUCCAAAGAAGUGGGCGACAGGGUAGGAGAAGGAAAAGCGUACGGUAAUCUUGGUAACGCCCAUGACAGUCUUGGAGAUUUCCAAAAAGCUAUAGAGUACCAUGAACGACACCUCAAAAUUUCCAAAGAAGUGGGAGACAGGGUAGGAGAAGGAAAAGCGUACUGUAAUCUUGGCAACGCCUGUCACGGUCUUGGACAUGUCCAGAAAGCCAUAGAGUACCAUGAACGACACCUCAAAAUUUCCAAAGACGUGGGAGACAGGGCAGGAGAAGGAAAAGCGUACUGUAAUCUUGGCAACGCGUAUCACGGUCUUGGACAUUUCCAGAAAGCCAUAGAGUACCAUGAACGACACCUCAAAAUUUCCAAAGAAGUGAGAGACAGGGCAGGAGAAGGAAAAGCGUACUGUAAUCUUGGCUACGCCUGUCGGAGUCUUGGAGAUUUCCAGAAAGCCAUAGAGUACCAUGAACGAGACCUCAAACUUUCCAAAGAAGUGGGAGACAGAGCAGGAGAAGGAAAAGCGUACAGUAAUCUUGGAAACGCUUUUAGAAAUCUUGGAGACUUCCAAAAAGCUAUAGAUUACCAUGAACGACACCUCAAAAUAUCCAAAGAAGUGGGAGACAGGGUAGGAGAAGGAAAAGCGUACUGUAAUCUUGGCAACGCCUGUCACGGUCUUGGACAUUUCCAGAAAGCCAUAGAGUACCAUGAACGACACCUCAAAAUUUCCAAAGAAGUGGGAGACAGGGCAGGAGAAGGAAAAGCGUACUGUAAUCUUGGCAACGCCUAUCACAGUCUUGGAGAUUUCCAGAAAGCCAUAGAGUACCAUGAACGACACCUCAAAAUUUCCAAAGAAGUGGGAGACAGGGCAGGAGAAGGAAAAGCGUACUGUAAUCUUGGCAACGCCUAUCACAGUCUUGGAGAUUUCCAGAAAGCCAUAGAGUACCAUGAACGACACCUCAAAAUUUCCAAAGAAGUGGGAGACAGGGCAGGAGAAGGAAAAGCGUACUGUAAUCUUGGCAACGCCUAUCACAGUCUUGGAGAUUUCCAGAAAGCCAUAGAGUACCAUGAACGACACCUCAAAAUUUCCAAAGAAGUGGGAGACAGGGCAGGAGAAGGAAAAGCGUACUGUAAUCUUGGCAACGCCUAUCACAGUCUUGGAGAUUUCCAGAAAGCCAUAGAGUACCAUGAACGACACCUCAAAAUUUCCAAAGAAGUGGGAGACAGGGCAGGAGAAGGAAAAGCGUACUGUAAUCUUGGCAACGCCUAUCACAGUCUUGGAGAUUUCCAGAAAGCCAUAGAGUACCAUGAACGACACCUCAAAAUUUCCAAAGAAGUGGGAGACAGGGCAGGAGAAGGAAAAGCGUACUGUAAUCUUGGCAACGCCUAUCACAGUCUUGGAGAUUUCCAGAAAGCCAUAGAGUACCAUGAACGACACCUCAAAAUUUCCAAAGAAGUGGGAGACAGGGCGGGAGAAGGAAGAGCGUACUGUAAUCUUGGUAACGCCUAUUACAGUCUUGGAGAUUUCCAGAAAGCCAUAGAGUACCAUGAACGAGACCUCAAAAUUUCCAAAGAAGUGGGAGACAGGGCAGGAGAAGGAAUAGCGUACUGUAAUCUUGGCAACGCCUAUCACAGUCUUGGACAUUUCCAGAAAGCCAUAGAGUACCAUGAACGAGACCUCAAAAUUUCCAAAAAAGUGGGAGACAGGGCAGGAGAAGGAAAAGCGUACAGUAACCUUGGAAACUCUUUUAGAAAUCUUGGAGACUUCCAAAAAGCUAUAGCGUACCAUGAACGAGACCUCAAAAUUUCUAAAGAAGUGGGAGACAGGGCAGGAGAAGGAAAAGCGUACGGUAAUCUUGGCAACGCCUAUUACAGUCUUGGAGAUUUCGAGAAAGCCAUAGAGUACCAUGAACGACACCUCAAAAUUUCCAAACAAGUGGGGGACAGGGCAGGAGAAGGAAUUGUGUACGGUAAUCUUGGCAACGCCUAUUACAGUCUUGGAGAUUUCCAGAAAGCCAUAGAGUACCAUGAACGACACCUCAAAAUUUCCAAACAAGUGGGGGACAGGGCAGGAGAAGGAAAAGCUUACGGUAAUCUUGGCAACGCCUAUCACAGUCUUGGAGAUUUCCAGAAAGCCAUAGAGUACCUUGAACGACACCUCAAAAUUUCCAAAGAAGUGGGUGACAGGGAAGGAGAAGGAAACGCGUACUGUAAUCUUGGCAACGCCUAUCACAGUCUUGGAGAUUUCCAGACAGCCAUUUACUAUUAUAAAAACAGUGCCAUUGCCUUCGACUAUAUCAGGGGAAAUCUCAUAUCUAAUGACGAAUGGAAAAUUAGUCUUGGUAGUACUUAUAAUCAUAUUAAUUUGAAGCUAUGGGGGCUGCAGUUUAAGGAAGGUAAAGUCAUCGAGGCACUUUUAACUGCUGAUCAUGGACGUGCCCAAGCUUUAAAUGAUCUUCUGGAGUUCAAGUAUGGGUUUAAAGGGUUAUCUCCAGAAAUAGGAACACUCUCUGCAACAACACCUGACGUUCUUAGUUACCUACCAUCAAAUACGGCUUUUAUAGGUAUCAACGAGGAAGGAAUAGUUCUCUGGGUGAACGAGAAAGGAAACGAAAUCAAAACUAGAAAAACUCAGAUCGAUGUCUCCGUCAAAACCUAUUUUCAGUCUCUACUGGAGACUGCACUUGAAAAAAUAGGUGUGAGAGCUGAUGUUAACUGUGAAGAUCGCUCAUUAAGGAACCCAAGCGAUAAGAAGUUAGCGGAAAAAAAAUCCAGUAAGCCAAGGUCUUAUUCCUCAUCUUUUGAGACAAAAUCAUUACAAACAUUUUACAAAGUUGUUAUGGACCCUAUAAGAGACUUACUCCACAGCGAUGAGGUUGUGAUUGUUCCACAAGGACCUCUGUGUUUGGCCCCUUAUGCUGCUUUCAUUGACUUGAACUCAAAGUACCUCUGCGAAACUUUUAGAAUUCGCCUACUUCCCUCACUUUCUAGUCUGCGAUUAAUCCAAAAUUGUCCAGCAGGUUGGCACAGCAAGACUGGCGCUCUUCUCGUGGGCGAUCCGUGGGUACAGGAGGUGGUUUAUGAAGGAAUGAGGCUAAAGCAGUUAGCGUGGGCCGAAAAGGAAGUGCAGAUGAUUGGGGAAAUACUUCAAACUGAACCUCUCGUUGGAAAGCAGGCAACAAAAGAUGAAGUCUUAACGCGUAUCUCGUCGGUUUCUUUGGUGCACAUUGCUGCUCACGGUAAAAUGGAAACAGGAGAAAUUGCCUUGGCCCCAAACACAACACGUUCAUCUUUGAAUCCAGCAAGGGAGGACUAUCUCUUAACUAUGAAAGAUGUUUUAAAGGCGCAGAUUAGGGCAAGACUUGUUGUACUUAGUUGUUGUCAUAGUGCCCGGGGAGAAGUCAAAUCUGAGGGUGUGGUCGGUAUUGCACGGGCAUUUUUGGGUGCUGGUGCUCGCUCUGUUCUGGUGUCCCUUUGGGCGAUCGAGGACGAAGCUACUAUGGAGUUCAUGAAAGUUUUCUACCAACAACUAGUCCAUGGACGAAGUGCCAGUGAGGCUCUGAAUAAAGCCAUGAAAUCCAUGGGAGAAUCUGACCGCUUUAACGCAGUGAAGUACUGGGCGCCGUUUGUUCUCAUUGGUGACGACGUAACGUUCGAGUUUGAGGGCAUCCAAUAA